GACGAACGGACCACAGUCGGCGAGAUCCAUGUUCAGCCCUAUUUUCUCCACCGCUGUAACUUGAACAAGCUCAUAUUUACGGUCUUUAUUCAGUUAUCCAUCCAUAUUGUGUCUGGUGUAGUUUCAAAAUUCUAGCGGUUCGGGCAGUCAUCGUGGAAAUGGGACGAGAAAGAGGGGUAUCAUUAACAAAGAAAGCCCAAAUGGCGCGGGAGGAGAGGGAAAGAGUGAUGGACUGUGCUGUCGCUCUGUAUAGAGAAGAGCUAGAAAAACCAACCUCUUCCCGAAAGGGUCUUAGAACUAUUUGCAAGCAAGUCCAGGACGAGUACCUCAAAUCCACCAAAACCCACAUCCACAUUAACCCCACAACUCUUGGCCGGCGCGCUAAAGGCGGGAAGAGUAUGGCUCAAGUGAAUGCCGAGAAAGGUUGGUUGACUGACGAUGAAGCGGAAAUGGUCAUUCAACGGGCUGUGGACCUUGCUAAAGGCGGCUAUCCACUUAGUCAUAGGAGGCUGAAGGAAUUUGUGGAUGAUGUCCUCCGCAUGCGACUUGGAGAUGCGUUUCCACCCCAUGGGGUUGGGAAAAAUUGGACAGAUCGAUUCGUGGAGAAACAUUCAGCACGUCUGGACCACUGUUUCUUCCGAAUCCAGCCCAUCGACACUUCAGCCCACGGCCUUGGACCGAUGGCAUUACCAAGUAUGGACUUUCCUGCAUACAGUGCUAUCUCGUGAAGGGUAUCAACUCUCGUCCAUUCUCGGUCCAGUCCUGCCGAGUUGGUCAUUCGAAUGAUUAAUGUAUUCACGCGCACGACGUGAAAUGACUAAACCCCAUUUUUUCAUGCUGUGUCCUCUCAACGCACCGCCAGUAUAAUUCAUCACUCCCUCCGCAGAAUUAUGCAGCAUGAAAAGUCCAAGGGAUCCGUGAUAUACCCAUUAUGCAAGGUGGUAAUUGUACUAAAUGACGAUUAUAUUACUGUAUGUUACUAGUAUUCAAAAUAUACCUU